AUGUCGGAAGACGCCGGCACUGGACAGUUCCGAAGCGCUUCCGGUAAACGAGAACGUCGUCAAUACGUCGUCGACAGCGCACAAUUUCCCGUUCAAUUCUCUUCAGUGUCCGUCGGUUGCUGGCGAACUCGCGAUCCGUCUAACUGUUCCCGCAGGAUAAUGCCGGAGAUAGCAACAGGACGUGUACAGCUAUGCAGUUGGUGGACUUGCACGGACGAAAACUUGCCAAAGUCAGUAGUGUAUAAUCAACGGCCGGGACGUUGCGACUGCGGCCGAUUGCGAUUCCGGAUCGACAUUCCGUUAAAUUCCGUUCGGGACCGUUUCCCGGCCGUUGUUUAG